AAGUGAUACUGCAUAUAGAUUGGGGUAUGAUAAAACCAUUGCGUACGAACGAAAUGCCAAACCGAAGUGAUUAGAUGCAGAGUGAUGCACAGCUAGUCGUUUUACACAACAGGUUAAAAAACCCAAAAUAAAUAUAGUAAAAACGAUAUAUAUAGUCCCCCAAAUGAUUGACGUUUUGCUUUUCGUUAUCCACUUUUCGUGCGUGUUAUUCACUCAGCGCAGCAUACGUAUUCCAAACAGAGCAGAGCUUUCACGACGGGGUGACUUUUUAAGACCCUUGUUUUUAAAAACCUGUAGCCUUGGCUCCGUCUUAAUUUUUCUUUGAUUAACAAAGGGGCAUUAAUCUACACGAAACAACCAAGGAUUAUAGCCUAUGGUUCUACAACAAGAGCAAGAACUUUUAAGAUCAACAAGCACAGGUUUGGAACAUUGUUUGCUUGACGGGGCCCGUCAAAUUGAAUGUUUUGCGCAAGUAAGCCCCAAUAAUGGCCUUUCUAAUAUGCUGUUACUUAACCUACGUAUUAUGCACGUAGAACGUUUUUCAUGGCUGCUCAGUAGGCCUACAGGGUAAAGCCUGAACGCACCCCCAACGUGGCAGCGAACAUUUUGGAUCAGAAAAUGUACACCUAUAUUUCUAUUGAGAAAUGUAUUUCCAAAAGGUGAAUGCCACCCCAGAGUCCCAGCCUGAAGGUUGUCUCAUUGGAGAAGAACCUGAGCCCACUGAAAAUGACCCCACAUCAGAUGAGAGAAAGGAUGAAGGGAAGGAGCACCCCGUGGCCCAGCCAGGCAUGAUCUGGCGGGUCGGGGGUGGCCUGUUCAGCGCCAGUAAAACGAUGGUGGGAGCCACGGUAGGAGGAGUCGCCUGGCUGGGUGGGAAGAGUCUGGAGUACACCAAAUCAGCAGUCACCUCUGUCCCCUCGAUGGGCGUCGGCCUGGUGAAAGGGGUUGCUGGGGGCGUGUCAUCGGUUGCCGGGGGCGUGUCAUCGGUGGGUUCCACUGUAGCCAGCAAAGUUCCGUUCAGAUCCAAGACUAAGGACAAGGCAGAGUGAGGAGGAGGAGAUGGACACAACACACAAUGCAUUGCCCCCCCCCACCCCCCCGACUGAGCCAUAAGAGGAUGUGAUGAGUUGAGACAAAGCUAGUCACCGUGUUUUCAAAGUUCAAUGGACAUUUAUUUUUCUUCUGUUAGUUUGUACAGCACAUUCACUAAGUUGUACUUAGGGAACUUGUUCAGUAGUGCCUUCUGUAGCCUCCCUUUUUCCCUGUUUUUUUUGUUGUUUUCUUAGUCUGUAACCAUGUUUUUAUGCAAGUAAAGUCAGAUCGUAUAAACAUUUUUAAAUCACGACAGCUGUGAUGGAAACAGGUAGUUUUGGUAAUUUGCUAUUUAACGCAACUGUUAUUCUGACAGCUAUAGGUAGAGUUGAAAAUGCGAAGAAACAUAUUGAACUUGAGAUUUUUAUUCGGUACAUGAAAACUGAAGUGAAAAAGUACAUUUUGUGUGCACUACGUCGUCACGCACUAACUUAUCUGCAACAAGUAUGUUUGGAGGAAACACCAUUGGUGGGGAAAAAGCGUGUUUUCUUUAUUUGAAUAUUUGCAUGAAAAUCUGUCGCCAAUUGGAUGGAAACGUAGCUGGUGUUGAGGGAGAUUCAUGUUAUUCAGGGCAGGGGUCACACGUCCCUUUCUCUGCUGUCCUUGACCCCCGUUCCCCCUCGACACAAUUUCGCUAUGCAAUGUGUACAGGGGCUCGUCAUCCAAUACAACAUGGGCCCCUGAAGCCUUAAGACAUUGUCUAGCAGUUCGAGAGAGACAGACAUGCUAAGCUGGGUUCUUCUCCAACCAACUAAAGCCUGGUUUAUGAUGUGCUGGUAUUUUUGUUUGUUCUUUUUGUGAGCGCUGUCCUAACACAGAACAUUGCUCGUUUCAAAAUGCUACAGUGAACAUGUGUUGAAGAUAUAGCUGUUUGGGACUUUUGAAAGGAGUUUGAUAGCAUUUACAAAAUAAGAGUUGGAGGUGCUAUGAUUCCGAGAGAGACAAUAGCCCUGUUGGGUUGCGGUGGUGGCAUAAUGAUAUGAUCACUUUAACCUUUGGUUUUUCAAUUGAUUCAUAUAUGAACUGGAAAUGUCAUCAAUUUUAUAUAAAAAAAUAUAUUUACUGAUGAAGGGCUAGUUUCUCUACUGCCUGUCUGUUUUGGCCCCUUUUUUUAAUGUUUGUGAAUAUUUCUAUGGAAAUUCAGCAUUUCAAUGCAACAUUUUGGGUUUGUCUACAUUCUGGCAUGACUGGGCUGUUGCUGGUAGAGAAUGCUGAUGUGAAUGUCUUGUAUGUUUACUUUCCGACAUAUUAUUAAAGUGUCAUAGGGAAGUUUAA